AUGGGUCUUCCUGAGUUCAGCUUGGCCAAAAAGGUCGUUCUUGUUUCUGGGGGUGCAAGAGGACUGGGUCUCACGCAAGCUGAAGCAUUGCUGGAGGCAGGAGCUAUAGUGUAUGCCUUGGAUCGACUUCCCGAGCCAGCGCCCGAAUUCAAGGCCAUCGCGGAGCGAGCCGAGAAAGAGCUCGGAACCUUCCUGCAAUACCGCCAGGUCGACGUACGAGAUGUCCCAGCAUUGAACAAAAUCGUCGAAGAGAUCGGAGAGAAGCAUGGCAGGUUGGAUGGCCUGAUUGCUGCCGCGGGAAUCCAGCAGGAGACUCCGGCCUUGGAGUAUACGGCCGAGGACGCCAAUCGCAUGUUCGAGGUCAAUAUCACUGGUGUGUUCAUGACGGCCCAGGCUGCAGCGAAGCAGAUGAUCAAGUUUGGGAAUGGCGGAAGCAUCGUGCUUAUUGCUAGCAUGAGCGGAACGAUUGCGAAUAGGGGACUCAUUUGUCCUGCAUACAAUGCUUCCAAGGCGGGCGUCAUACAGCUUGGCCGCAACCUAGCUUCAGAAUGGGGCCAAUACAAUAUCCGCGUCAACACCAUCUCUCCGGGCUACAUCGUCACGGCGAUGGUGGAGGCGCUGUUCGAGCAGUUUCCUGAGCGGCGAGAGGAGUGGCCCAAGCAGAAUAUGCUGGGAAGACUCUCUAAUCCGAGGGAGUACCGCGGUGCAGCGGUCUUUCUGAUCAGCGAUGCGAGCAGCUUCAUGACGGGCUCCGAUCUGCGCAUAGAUGGUGGCCAUGCGGCCUGGUAG